CCAGAGUUUGCUCAAAUUCAUGUGCAUGGAGUUGGUGAUGCCAUCCAGUUACCUUGAGGUUGUUGUAUUGAAAAAGCUUUUGAAACCACAUUGAGGGUCCACAAAAGGACUUUGUGAUCUGCCAUAUGUGACAAUGUGGAGAGUCAGCAUGAAAGCCAGGUAUUUAUGGUCCUUCCAAGAACAUUCUGAAUAUACUAUUGAUAUUUUCCCUUUGGUUAUUGAAGCUGUGAACUCUCAACAUGUAACUGUGACUAGAUCUUUUCUCAGGAUUUAUUUUGUUUCUGUCACUGCUACUAAAAUUGCCUUGUCUGAACUGUAAUGCUAAUAUUCGCUUCACAACUUUGUGUGUCUGCUUUGUGCAAGAAACAUUUCUGUUUUGUUGGGUAUCCCUUUUCUUAUUAAGUGUCAUUUGGGUGGGGGUUGGCCCAUGGGUAGACCUAGAUCUUCUGUUUUGCGGCAGGGAUCUUCAGGCAGUAGUCAACUCCUAUUAACUGAAAAGAGUCUACUUUGUCCGACACCUCAGUUCCCUCCUUUACUGGCUUCAGCUCUACUUUCCAGCCUUUCAGAUUGUAGUUAUUUCCUAGGCCGUGCAUUCUUACUCCUUUUCUCUUUCUUUGAUCUGUGUAUAUGUCCGUAGUGUGAAUAUCUAGACGACUCCCAAAUACGGGUCAUCAAAGCCACAGUUCACUCUCACCAGAAGAAGAAGCUGAAUGUCUUUCGUGCUCCUGACCUGGGCAGGAAGUAGCUGCAGACAGAAAUGCAGCUUGUCACUAAAUCAGAGAAGGGGAAAGUUUGUAUAUGAUUUGGGGGAAGGGUAGAAUUGAGGUUAAAUUUAAGUGAAAAAUUAUAUAUUGACUUAAAAGCAAAGAGAAACUAGUUCUGGGGAGCUUAUCUGUUUGGUAACUGCCAAAAGUGGAAGUUUGAGCUUCCUGAGUACAUGUAGUUCGUGUGCUUUAGGCCAAAGUAGAAUUUGUAGCGCCCUCUGUAUAUGUGGAUUGUGUCUUGAGUCAGAAAAUGGAAGUUUUCAUCUCAGAUCCCCUUUUGACCCUCCUUGGACAGAUCACAGGAGAUGUUACUAAAUAUUGUUGAUAUCUUCACUGCCGACAGGUUCUUAAAAAUUGAGACAUACCCUCUGUGUUCUCGUAGACUUCUACCUUUACUGAGGCUUUCAAUGGCGAAGUCAAAGAUCUCUCUUGCAAUGUCUCAGGCUGUGCAGACUAAUGGAACUCAACCAUUAAGCAAAACAUGGGAACUCAGUUUAUAUGAACUACAACGAACACCUCAGGAGGCAAUAACAGAUGGCUUAGAAAUUGUGGUUUCACCUCGAAGUCUACACAGUGAAUUAAUGUGCCCAAUUUGUUUGGAUAUGUUGAAGAACACCAUGACUACAAAAGAGUGCUUACAUCGUUUUUGUGCAGACUGCAUUAUCACAGCCCUCAGAAGUGGCAAUAAAGAAUGCCCUACCUGUCGGAAAAAGCUAGUUUCCAAAAGAUCACUAAGACCAGACCCAAACUUUGAUGCACUCAUCAGCAAAAUUUAUCCAAGUCGUGAUGAGUAUGAAGCUCAUCAAGAAAGAGUAUUAGCCAGGAUCAACAAGCACAAUAAUCAGCAAGCACUCAGUCACAGCAUUGAGGAAGGACUGAAGAUACAGGCUAUGAACAGAUUACAGCGAGGUAAGAAACAACAGAUUGAAAAUGGUAGUGGAGCAGAAGACAAUGGAGACAGUUCUCACUGUAGUAACGCAUCCACGCACAGCAAUCAGGAAGCAGGACCUAGUAACAAACGGACCAAAACAUCUGAUGAUUCUGGGCUUGAGCUUGAUAAUAAUAAUGCAGCAGUGGCAAUUGACCCAGUAAUGGAUGGCGCUAGUGAAAUUGAAUUAGUAUUCAGGCCUCAUCCCACACUUAUGGAAAAAGAUGACAGUGCACAGACAAGAUACAUAAAGACUUCAGGUAAUGCCACUGUUGAUCACUUAUCCAAGUAUCUGGCUGUGAGGUUAGCUUUAGAAGAACUUCGAAGCAAAGGAGAAGUGUUAAAUGGCUCUUUUUCUUUGGAAUUGGUCAGUGAGAAAUACUGGAAGGUGAACAAACCCAUGGAACUUUAUUAUGCACCCACAAAGGAGCACAAAUAAGAUUUUACUAAAACCAGUUCUGAGAAUGAACUUUUUUAUAGCCUAUUUCUUUAAUAUUAAAGAUGUACCAUCAUUACUUUUAUGGACAGAACAUUGGAUAUGUUAUUCAGUUUUCUUUCUGAGCCAGAUUCGUUUACACUAUUAGAAUCUUUUCCCCUUAAUUUAAGAUCUCCUUUUUGGAAGGAACUGCAAUUAUUCAGUACUUCUUUCCUUUAAAAAGUAUAUCUAAAUUGUAUGUUUUCACAAAGUGUGGUUCCGUUUGGAGCAUCUUGGAACUUUUGACCCAGGAAUUUUUCAUAGUUCUGUAUUCUUGAGUGAAGAUUCAGUUGGCCAUCUUUCUCCCUCCCUUCAAAAGUUUUUUAGGCCUACAGAAUGUUAAAUAAUACGUAUUCUGACUUUUUUUCCUGGAGUCUUGUAUAUUUAUAGUUUUCUAUAUAAGCUGUAGUAUCUUCAUGAAGACCAAGGCUCAAAUUUACUGUGCUUAAAAAACAAUUCUCAUAGGAUUAUUAUUUUCAUGGUAUUUUCUUCCAUAAUAUAUCAUUUUUAAAGAAAAGUUCUUUAUGAACUUAGUGUCCAUUGUCAUGCAAUGUUAUUUUCUUCCAUUUUUGUCCCUCUAAAUUUGGAAUUUCUGAUCCUGGGAAAGAGAACCAAACAAGAUCUCAAGUUCUGUGAGAACUUGGUUCAUUCACAGAUUUCAUUGAAAAAAGAAAAAUUGUUCUUAUGUAGUCUUCAAGUGUGUAUUUUAAAAAGUCUUUUUCUUUGUAUUUUAUUGUCACCUCAUUUCCUUUAUUGUGUGUAUGUUUUUUCCUAUUAAAAUACCAGAGACAUGGAGAUAUUUUGCACUUUAGCCUUGAUGAAAAGUACAAGAUAUGUUCAAAGCUUCCCUAAUUCUUUUCUUACUGGUAGCUGCAUAAGUUUCAAAAAUAACAUGGCACAUAGAACUAACAAUAGGGAAAAUUUGCUUGUUUGAAAAGUGUGUUUAGCAUUUUGGGUUGCCAUAUCAGUUUAUAAAUUUGGUGCUCUGCUAAUUACACUGUAUCUAGAGAAGCAAGCUAAUGGAGCUUGAACCCUGCCUUGAUGUGUAGUGAAAGAUAAUUCUGUAGAAGAAUGUCAGCCAGAAUGGUAAAGUCAUUCUACUCUUCUUAAUUUAGUUUUAUAAUGAAGGACAGUGUGUGGUGUUUGGACCCAGAAGGCUUUAUGAAUACAGGUCAGAAAUAAGAUUGACUUGUGUUGUUAUUUUUUGUCCCUGUCCUGAUUUCUGGUAUGUUUCCAAGUUUAUAUUAUCACAGUAUUUAUGAAAACAUGUUUGCAUUGGGAAAUUAACCAUAAAAGGUUUUUACCAGGGGAAAGUUACCCUCCAAUACCACGGUACCUGAAAGCCUGUCUAGCCAUUGUAAAUAUUUACCUGUCAAUUUUUGACAGAUUGGGGCCAGCUUGAUGUUUUAAAUAUUCACCCCAAUAUGAAAACGUAACGGCUUGUUCAAUUUUUUACCAUUUUAUUGAAAAUAUUUAAAAUCUGUUUUUACAAUUUUUUUCUUUUUGGGUAAUCUGUGCCAUGCAGUUUGAAAACCACCAAAUAUCAAGGAAAAUUUUGUAUUCAGUUCCUUUUCUGGUGUAAUGUUAAAUUGUAUAGAUUAUUAAUGCAUGUUCACUGAAUAUAACUCUGGUUUUGUGAUAUAACUGCUUAGAUUUUAUUGGUGACAUUAGAUUAGUGGUUGCAUUAAACAGCUAAAUUUCCAUUGUGAUUAUUAAUUGACAUUUGUCUUUAAGCAAAAAGUUAUUGUGAAUAUAAGCUUUGUGCUUAGAGAAUGUAAUGUGUUUUUAUCCAUCAGUAUGGGAGGAUAUAAAUUCUUUGCAUCAUUAAUUUACUGGAUGUGUAAUCCUUUGCAAAAUAUAAUUACAGGUAUUUGAUAGA